AUGGAAGAAUCUGCCCAGAAACGCAUAAUCCAGAUAACAGGAUUUAGGGGCAAAGAGAAAGAGGAUGUAACCAAAUUGCUUUUAAAACUAGAUUGUACUUUUAUUAAGAAUAAGCAAUACAGAAAUUGCACACAUCUCAUAGCAAAGCGUGCUUGUAAAAGCGAAAAAUAUUUAGCAGCUUGUGCAGCAGGAAAGUGGGUACUAACUAAGGACUACAUAAUUAAUAGUGCCGAAAGUGGCAGAUGGCUCGAUGAAACAACUUAUGAAUGGGGAUAUAAAAUUGAAAAAGACUCCCAUUAUUCACCUCAAAUGCAAUCUGCACCUAAAAGAUGGCGCAAAGAAUUGACAAGCACUGGUGCUCCAGGGGCCUUCCACAGAUGGAAAGUUGUCCUCCUGGUUAAAGAAGGUAGUAAAGCAAGAGAUUCUCUUAUAAGAGUCCUAGGUGCUGGAAAGGCCCAGGUUUUUCUACCAAAGAAUUCACCAAAUGGAAUUACUCAUGUGAUCACCAUGAAUACAAAUUCAAGUUCAGAAAAAGCAAAGUAUGCCUUUGAAGCUCCCUACUAUCCAGUACAGUAUCUAGUAGAUUUUCUUUUUUUAGAGAGACAAUUUCAAAAUGAUGAUGGAGCUGUUCAACGGACUUCUCUUUUUACUGAACAUGUUCAACAAGAACGAAAAGCCACCGAUUCCAAGACUGACUGUGAACUUGCUGACCUGAAAAAGGCAUUAAGAAAGCACAUAUGUAGAGUGGAGGCUAUGAAAUACAGUUGCAUUGAAUUAACUAAAAUUGCAGGGUGCAGUAUCGAGGUAAAAAAUACUGAACUUCCCAGAAGUAUAUUUAAUACAAUUGAAAUCCUCAUUGAAGGGCAGUUCUUUACAGAAGCACUUGAAGAACUAGUUUUACUCCAGCCGCACUACAUUCCUCCAGUAUGUCUGCUUCAUGCUUUUCUAAGGAGCAUGCUACAGGGGAAUACAGUGGCUUUGAUUGAUCGAUACUUCCGUGUUUUGUCAGUUCUUCUACAUCUUCAUCCUCCUUGGAAGUCUCCUACCAUGUUGAAUUAUUAUCUAGAAUUUUUUCAAUGUCCAAAUUGUAUGAAAGGAAUAUGGUCUUUUGUAGAAGUACUGAUCAGGUCCUGCCUCUUCAGGGAAAGUUUUUGUCACCCAAUUCCAGAAGGAAUCGUUGAGUCCAAGAUGCUCAAUAUGGCAUUACUAACAUUCUUCCUCAAGUUAGUGAAAAGGGAAGUCCAACAUCUGAAUCACAAGUUAUAUGAAGGGGCAGAUUCUCAGAGCCUAAAAGUCAAAGAACAGACCUUCCUUCUUAAAACCUUCUGGUCUGGAAAUGAAACCUCAGUGUUUUUUACUAAGCCCAUAAAUAUGCUUUUGGAUUGGACUAUAUAUUCCCAUAAAGAAAAAUUCAAAUCUAAUGAUGCCUUCAAAAAUGAAAUGGCUUAUCUUUUGACUGGGAUUCUUGGAGCAGUAGUAGAGUAUUGGAUAUUUCUGAGUCUUAUGAAGGACAGAAAUGUGAUGCAACAAAUGUCUGAUCAUCUAGGAAAUUAUGUUGCUGUUUCUUGUGAUGAUUUUUCUUCACAAGAGUUAGAAAGUUUCAUUAAUUCCUUCUCUUCAUCCUGGCUUCAAAUGUUCAUUGCAGAAUCAGUCUUUAAAAAGUCAUGUUUACAGAGCUGUAUCAGUAUUUCUCCUGAACCACUCUCUCUUCAGAAAAUGGUAUGUGCUUAUUUACCUGCAUUGGGAAAAAUUAAUAUACUUGAACCAAGAAAGGGGCAGAAACGGAAGAAAAUGGGACAUUGGGAUGGCCCCAACUCUCAGAGGGCAUUGAAGAUGUUAAGUGAUGGUGAUCAGAACCAAGUCAAUGUCUUGCCUGAGGCACCUGAGCUGAGACAUUCCUUGUCAUUAAAAAGGUUGCAAAAGAAAUCUGAAGGAGAAUUGUCACAUUCCAAAGAGAAUUACCACUCUUUGCUUCCAAAAAUGAAUUUUCACAAGACCAAUUUAAAAGGAGAGACAGCCCUGCAUAGAGCUUGCAUAAAUAACCAAGUGGAGAAAUUGAUUCUUCUUCUCUCUUUGCCAGGAACAGACAUUAAUGUUAAAGACUAUGCUGGCUGGACGCCUUUGCAUGAAGCCUGUAACCAUGGCAACACAGUGUGUGUCCAGGAAAUUUUGCAGCGUUGUCCAGAGGUAGAUCUGCUCACUCAAGUGGACGGGGUGACUCCUUUGCAUGAUGCACUGUCAAACGGACAUGUAGAAAUUGGCAAGCUGCUACUCCAGCAUGGGGGCUCGGUGCUCCUCCAACAAAGGACUUCUAAAGGAAAACUACCUUUGGAUUAUGUGUUAGCUCCCCAAGUGAAAGAAGACCUCCUGGCUGUCCUACAAAUCAAAAGUUCCACCGAAGACCAUGCACAGGCAGAGGAACAUUUCUACCACCAGCAGAUCGAAUUCGGCUCAUUCUUACUUAGUAGAAUGCUAUUGAAUUUUUGUUCUAUAUUCGACUUGUUCUCAAACUUCUCUGUUUUUAAGGAGUUAGCGCAUCUACAUGGAAGACUGUUUACCUCUCCUAGAACCCGCAAGGAUGCUACUCGUCUCCAUAAUGACUGGAUCAUGGAUCUCUACUCUCAAAAUCUCGUAACAUUAGAGAAGCUCCCAAGUCUCCUUAAGGAGAUACCUAAGAACUUGGAAGUGUUUUCUGGAGUUCAGACACAGGCCUUACUGAUGACGCUAAAAACUAUGAUAAAUCAAGCACAGACUUUUCAUGGUACUAGUUAA